AUGUACUACACAUAUUUUCUGGAUGCUUCUGAGACGUAUGGUAUCUAUAAGUUCUUAAUUUCAAUGCUAAGAGGGCUAUACCGAAGCUCUGAUUCUGUUGAGGCGUUAGAACCCUUGAGGGCCAAAUUUGAUGAGCAACACGAUAGGUUGUAUGACUUCUAUGCGCAGUGCACGGCGGUUAGGUAUCUAUCGACGUUGAUAACAAUUCCAAAGUUGCCAUUUGAUGCACCUACGUUGGCAGACGAGCAGAAGAGCGUUUCACCUUUGAUAGAGCAAGGAAUUGUCCAAACACCGGCUGAUUAUGCCAAUGUGCAAAAAGCGGUUUCAUCGCAGCCAACAGGGGCGGUUGCGAAUGCGUAUAUGGCAGGAAAACAGGCAUACGAAGCGCAGCAGCUGCAAUUAGAGCAGCAGCGGCAGCAGCAGCUGCAACAACAACAGCAGGAGCUGGAACAACAAAGACU